UCACUCUGAGAAACAAAAAAAGGAAAAAGACGGCAGGAAUAAGCUCUCUCCGCGUGGAGGCAGGCGCGCGUUCGGAUGGGGGGAGCAACGGCGCGCACGCAACACCAAGCACGCGUGCAGAUGGACAACUCCGAGGAGGAUCACACGGGCGCAUCACUCCCGAGCGGGAUGGACGGAUCUGUCUUUUGCGUUUAGCCUCCGGGGAUAUCAGCGAGCCUCGCAGGCGCCUCCACGAUGAACUGCUCCGCGUUCGCGCCUCGCCGGCCGCAACUUGCCCCCGAGCAGCGGGCGAUUCGGGGGAUUGCGGAAUAAAGUUGCGCGAGAGGCAGGGAUCGAGUCGGAGUAGAGAAAAGGACUCAUCAGCAGCAGAUCUAUUUGUCCGGAUCACCGAAGAGGAGAGAGGGUUUUUCUUUUGUUUUGUUCUUUGUUUUUUUGUUUGCAGCUCUGGAGCCAGAAAGAGUUGACUUGAUUCUCCAGAGCGCAUCACCUUGAUCACCUUUUGCAAAAUCAGGUACGAGUACUUCAAGGACAGUGGAACAUUUGCAUCAUUCAUUAACUCUCAAAUUCUCAGUUCUAAAAAAAGUAGAUGUCAACCCCCCCACAUUUUUUUUUAAUCUGCCAGACGCACUGCUUUGCCUAAAACCAAACUAUGUGUCAUCUCUCAGUCCGGAAAGAAUGAGGUGUCGCUGGGUGAAGCAUGAGCCGUCAGAGAAUCAGUCAUAAGCGGCUGUCUCUGUCUCUGCUAUGGGGGGGGGCGGCUCUCGGCCUCUGGCUCUGCUGCUGCUGCUGCCGGACCACCGGGGUCGCUGCCGCCGCGUCCUCCGCCGCCGGACAAGAGGAGGGCGCCGCCGGCUCCCUGGGCUGGCUGCUCUCCGAUAAGGGCCCCUUCCAACAGGCCCUGGAGUUCACGGAGGCUGCGGAGAGGUACCAGCAGGGCUACGGUACCAGGUACAAGAUCUACAGGGAGUUUGGUCGAUGGAAGGUCAACAGCCUGGCGGUGGAGAAGAGGGAUGGUUUAGGUGGCAGCGGCGGCCUGGCUCUGCCCCUCGACCCCGACUUCACUCACACCAUCCGCCAGCUGGGGAGGCGGCCAACCCUCCAGACGAUUACAGAGAGUCUAAUCAAAAAAUAUGGCACCCACCUCCUCCUCUCUGCCACUCUGGGAGGGGAGGAGUCUUUGACCAUAUUUGUGGACAAAAGGAAGCUCAGCCAGGAGUCUUCGCCUGCGGGGGCCGAUGGCGGCCGCGGCGCCGACAGGAACUCAAACGCCACGGGGACGGUGACCCUGGAGGCCCUCCACCAGCUGGCCGCCUCCUACUUCACCGACAGAGAGAGCACCCUGCGCAGGCUGCACCACCUCCAGAUUGCAUCCACUGCCAUACGGGUAACAGAAACCAGAACCGGGCCCCUUGGAUGCAGCAACUAUGACAAUCUGGACACGGUCAGCUCCGUGCUGGUUCACAGCCCGGAAAACAAGGUUCAACUACAAGGGCUGCAGGUCGUCCUACCCGGCUACUUGCGGAGCCGCUUCAUUCAGGCGUCUCUCAACUACGUGGGCUGUAAAUCCGAGGGCCAGUUUGUGUGCCGCAGCGGCGACUGCUGGUGCGAGUGCAGCGUGGACUUCCCUCUGUGCAACUGUCCCCUUUCUGACCUGCAAACUCUUGAGAGCAACCUGCUGCGCAUCAGAGACACCUGGAGGAUGACAAACCAGGAGUUUGAGGAAUCCGAGGAGUUCCAAAGCUUUGUUGAGAAACUGCCAACCCAUUACGCUGUGAACACAUCUGUCGUGGAACACAUGUGGAGGACGGACGCCAGCGUGCUCCAGCGCUACAGGCAGCUGGAGACCAGUGGCAACCAGCUUUUCUCUAAAGCUCACCGCACCGUUAACAGGCUCUUCAGCCUCAGCAAGAGGUGCCGAAAGCAGCCCCAAAUAGUCCUGCAGAGGACGAGGCCGCUACACUUUUGGUUGAGCUACGCCCUCUCCAUUUUAUACUGCAGUGAGAACAACCAGGUUGGUGUUUAUAGUGACGAGAGCCGCAGCUGCUCCUGCCCCUACAACCACCCGCCUUGCCAGGGCCUCAUUCCCUGCUCUGUGGGCGACGGCGCCCGCUGCGCCUCCUGUUCCGCGGAGAACAGGACACGGUGCUCCAGCUGCAACCUCGGCUUCACCCUCACCCAGGGGGCCUGCCGGCCCGCCGUGCCCGACCCCACGGAGCCCUACCUGGGCCUGGAGAGCGACCGAGACCUGCAGGACCUGGAGCUGCGCUACCUGCUCCAGCGGCGAGACCCCCGCAUCGCUCUGCACGGGGUCUUUGUCAGCAAUGACGUGCGCGUUAACACUUGGUUUGACCCCUCCUGGAGGAAGAGGAUGCUGCUCACCCUUAAGAGCAACCGGGUGAAGUCCAACCGCGUCCAUAUGCUCGUUGGACUCGCCCUCCAGUUUUGCCUCACCAGGAACAGCACUCUGGAGCCGGCGUUGUCUCUGUUCGUGAAUCCGUUCGGGGGCAGCCACUCGGAGAGCUGGACCAUGCCUCUGGGUCAGCACGGAUACCCUGACUGGGAGCGGACCAAGCUGGAUAUCCCUUUGGACUGCUAUAAUUGGACUUUGACUCUCGGAAACAGAUGGAAGAGCUUUUUUGAGACGGUUCAUUUCUACCUGAGGAGUCGUAUCAAGGAUCCUGCGGGAGUGACGGGAGGCAACAGGAACGCGACGGUGUACUAUGAGCCUCUGGAGGCGACGGAGCCGUCCAACAACAUCGGCUACAUGAAAGUGAACAGCAUGCAGCUGUUCGGAUACAGCGUGCACUUUGACCCCGAGGCCAUCCAGGACCUGAUUCUGCAGAUAGACUACCCGUACACGCAGGGAUCCCAGGACUCGGCCCUGCUGCAGCUGGUGGAGCUGCGCUACAGGGUUAACCGCCUCUCUCCUCCCGGGGCCCCACACGUGGAUCUGUUCGCAUGUCUGCUCCGCCACAGACUCAAACUGUCCAGUGCAGACGUGACCAGGAUACUCACGGCCCUGCAGGCUUUCAGCGCCAGACAACCCAACCACGAGGAGUACGAGGCAAAUAAACUGUGUAGUUAGUCAAUGGCCGCUUUGAUGUUUUGUACUAUUUCCUAUCCACAGACAGACCUGUGUCCUUUGUCAGCUGGAUCCCUCGGUGUCAAGUGUGUGAUUUGUUGUUCAAGGAUGUGUUGUGCAUACACUUAUGUGCAAUUAAAUUGGAUGUUUCCGUAAUUUCAGUGUAGUUUUGUGAAUUAAAACCCCCUGAAAACAUUUCAAUAUAGCAGGAAACAUUUGUGAGCUAGUAAGCAACAAUCAAGCACAAAACACCCACAGCCACCAUUUAUUAACAGUUAAACAGUGUUGUUUUGCCCCAUCUGGACCCUCGUAACACAAGGCCCCCAUUCUCCAUUGAGGGAAUAGCCUCAGCACAGAUUACUAAGUGUAUGGUGAGAGAAGGGAGCGCCGGAGCAGCCUGCCUCUGUUCCUCUGGCGUCCCCGUCCGCCAUUCACACUUACUGUGAUAGAUGAGCUGGAGCCCCCUCAGAGACAUGCGAACAAGAGGUGCGCUAUGGCAUCAGUGACGAGGACCGCACUCUCUAGGAGCGAGUCGGACAUUCAGAAGAGGGACUCAAACCGAAUCAGCUUAAAAGCUUCCCCACAGGCUCUCAGCGCGGUGGGACUUCGGUCGUAGACAGAGCAUCCGACGAGCUCGUGGCAAAGACGAAGCUUCAGCAAGAUUCACCUGACAUUUCUCCUGAGAUUAAAACCAUAUAUUGUGUCAAUAUGCUGUGGCGCUAUUGUCCGGAGUGAAAUGUGAAAAGGCCGUUGAGGCAGUUUUGAUUAUGAGAUGAGGAGUGUAACUACCACCGGCAUCCCUACGGUCAUGCAUAUGAACUUCAACAUUGAUUUUUCUUAAAUCGAUCCGUCCUUCAGGCUGUAACGAGUGUGUACUGAGCUAUCCGAUAUCACAGGAGCACAAUGAUGAGAGGUUAUCAUGUUGGACCAACUGUUUGCCUUUUGCCUUUUCAAAAGUUAUUUAACCUUACGGCAGUUUAUUUAAGAAGUUGCUGUAGGGACUAGCAAUCUGUGCUGUGUGUUUUAAUUGACUGCGGGGGACAGUGUGUGUGUGAAGGAAAGGAUAUUGAAGCUGGAUCACAUCCCAGGAAAAGGUUCAUUCUGGAGGUUAAACAUCGAGCAUCUGGUGUGCUUUGAGAUUCUUUUUACCAAGUAAAUACUCUGCAUCUGCGUGCGAAAAUGUGGUGCCGUGCAUCUGGACGCUGUCCAGUGUUCAUUCUGACGAGGUUUCUUGAAAAUUAAUUUGGAUGAAAAAGAAACCAACAUGAGCAUAUUCCAAUGGACAGCAAUAAUAGAGAUGGAAUGGAUGAAGGUAAACAAAGGUUUUAGCGGCAUAUAAGCUUUACCAUUAAUUAGGUCCCAAAAGCAGCUGUACCGGUAUUUUUAACCUUCCGCCUUGAGGAUAAUAAUAAACAGUCAUGACAGAAAAUAAUCAUCAAAACAAGAGUUACCUGAGGAAAUGUGUACCACUCACAUCAUUUUUUUUGCAUUUCAGUUACUACUGAAAUGGUAACAUGUUAGUAGUGAUAUUUGCAGUUGCUGGCAGGUAGAUAUCGUUACAUUUGGAACCAGACCGCUUUGCUUUUUGGCUGUUUUCAAAUCUUAGAAUAACUAGUCGUUAUAUCAAACAAACAGAUGUAACAGGCAUUCAUCUUCUUAUCCUUUCAAGUGUCAUAAAUGUGUCUAAAUGGAUCACAUGUUGUUUAUAUUGUGCACGCCUGCUUACCAUCCCACUGAGGCCCGCUGACUGAGCAUCAUAUUUCACCACUUUCUCUAAAAGAAUAGUCACAAAUGGACUCUCUGUGAAGUCAGCAACUUAUUAAAAUGGAAACACACCCGGGGAACCAUUCCUGAAAGGAGCAGUGAUAAGCACAAAAAUAAUUAACAAGAGUUGAUUUUUAAACAACCGAACUCGCUGUAGCAACUGGACACAACGGAGACCCUAAUGAGGAAAUCCUUAGGUCGAAUUACUAAAAGAUUUGAUUGGAACAAUACGGUCUUGCUCUGUUUAUUUUAUCAGUAAUGUGCAAUGGCCCGAGUCUGCGGCGCCCUCGGGGCUCAUGCAGGACCUGAACUCCCUUCGCUCCACAGACCUGGAUGCUGGAACACAUCUGGCCUGUUAGUUGUGCAGAUUUAGUUCACGGCAUUGAUGAUUGGUUUUGAGUUGAUGAGGUUUGGGCGGUUCUUCGGUUUGAUACUUCAGAAUACUCUCGAUUGACCUCAAUGCCUUGAAGGAACUUUUAUGUAUUUACAGUGAUGAAACUGCCCGCGAAUCUUUAACCUGUUGGGACGAUAUGCAAAGUUAAAUAUCACAAUAUUUGUCACAAGAUUCCUUCUUUAUCGCGAUAUUUAUCGUUUUAAUGGAGUGGAAAAUUUGCAUAUGUUCCCCUCUGCUAACGCAUUCUGGGUCAAAUUUCCUCCAGUUUAAGCCAAACAACAACACACUUGGUUCUUUGGAGGCGGGAUGCUGCAACGACAAAAAAUAUGUAUAUUUUGAGAGGUUUCAUCCGAGGGCAGGGAGAGAGUGUGAUGUGCGCACACACACACACACACACACACACACACACACACACACACACACAGACACACACACACACACACACACACACACACGCAGGGCAGAGGCUGAGUGAUAAGAAGGAGCUUUGCCUUGGCAGGCUUGUGGGCCUCUGAGGAAACAUGAGUUAGACUAAUGUGUGUGUCUGCUUAACAAGCAUGCUGGUGAUGGGAGGCAGGGGCUCAGUGAAGGGGAAGAGUUUAUGGAGAGGACAACCACAUGGGAGGCAUCGGGAAUAAUAGCUGACGGUACGUCAGAGCAGCCCAGACUUGCUUUAAAAGCCGUGAGGGGACGGCGUCGUUUGAAACUAACUGUAGAGUCUUUCCAGACCCUUUUUACGACGAAGAGAGCACACAAAGGAGCAGGAGAGUGUUUGUUUGCGCUGUGACCUCGCUGGAGGCCCACUGGUGGCAUCAGUGCUGAACAAGAAAACAUUUUUGCUACAGGAGAUGCGGUUGGGCUGUAGGCGCACUUAUGGCUGUUCUCUUCACUCUAAAUGCUGCCUAAUGAAAGCUAUUAAAAUCCCAUUCAAUUAGCAUUAGGACAUGUUAAUUUAGAAAUUAAGAGGGUGGAGUGUUGAGAGAUCUUUUAAUGGUAAGAUGGGUUGUAAUGUAGACUGGAAUAAUUAUAAGACAUCAAAUGAGGGGAAGUCAAUCUGGCAGGGUAAUAAAACAAAUCAAAAUGAGAUUUGACACAUCGCUGAUGGAAUAUGGUGUCACGAUUAACGAAGAUAUCCAAACUAAACCUCGUGAUCGGCCAACAUGAGCUUUGUUGGAGAGUUUGAGUGAAGGCUUUUCAAUGCAAUGUCGACAUUUCCACACUUCACGCUGCAUCGCGAUUAAUGCAUCUGUAAAAUAUGGGUAUUCUCGUUCUAAAAAGUAGUAGUAAUGUCAAGUGUUUCCCUCAGGAUUUUUCUUUUGACAGAGUGGCAAAUCCUCUCCAUCAGAAUGAAGCGCUGAGUACUAGAGACACUAAAAAUAGCGCAAAAUAAGCAAGACUGAUGGAAUGAGGAAAUCAGUCAGCAAGAUAUCAGACGUCAGGAGAAACUAUGAUUCACAUGACCUUUUUUUAAUAGUUAGUGUUAGGGUUAAAGAAAACAGCUAACUUUACCGUAAUGCAUUUUGGGUUUGAAAUCAUUUUGAUUGAGGAAACUAAAGUAAUAAAAACAGGAUGACUUUACUACAUGACUACAAUAAAAGAUAUGAAAAUGAUAUUCCCCGCGUAGAUCUGUGAAAAGAUAUACUGAAUAUUGGUUGGUUUUGCUAAUCCAGGAGAUUGUUCAUUGUGCUGUAAAACAAAAUGAAGUUACUAAUGAGAUGCUUCAGAAUGAUUCAGACCUGCCUUUCUGCUCCCCACCAGCAGCCAUCAGCAUCAUCAUCUUAUUUCAUUUUCAGAGCUGCGUGGUGCACAAUAAAAUGUUGGGGAUCGGUUCCUCACCAAGAUUAA